CAUUUUCCUAUAAGUGUCAGGGACAAAGUACAAACUACUUAAUUCGACCGCGAAUCUCGCAGUUUAUUGUAGGUCGCCCUUGCAUUCGUGGCAUUUUUUUUAAUUUCUUUAAUAAAUAUUAUGUUACUUUUUACAGUUUAUUAGUGGUAAAUAUGAGGACGUAUAUUUUGUUAUUAUUUAUGAUAUGGAUAUCUUUUUGUAAGGCAUAUCUAAAUCCUGGGCCUUAUCAGUACAUGCAGUCUCCCAUGUUCUUGCAAGAUUUACAUGGAACUGUAAAAUCCUCUUAUCAAUCCCAUUCAAGUUCUGGUGGAGUUAAAACAUUUACAAAAACAUCGUCGGGGAUUUCCCAUUCAUUUCCAACCAGUAUUGAAUACAGGGGGGGAUGCAAGGAUAUUCCGACUGCUCCAAUGAAUGCAGGAAUUAAGUGUUCGGUAUAUAAUGGUUGUAAAGCUAAUUGCAUACCGAACUAUCAAUUUCCAAAUGGCGAAAUUCAACUUUAUAUUACUUGUCGAGAUGGAGAAUGGGAAAUUGAAGGAACCGAAUGGAGUACCAUACCAGCUUGCGAACCUAUUUGUAUGCCACCUUGUAUUAACAACGGUAUAUGCACAGCACCUAAUGAAUGUAACUGCCCUGAGAACUAUUCCGGUCCUCAAUGUCAAUUUCAGAACAUUCCUUGUUUAAAUCAACCCCCGAUGUCUAUUAAUUCUAGAAGAACUUGCACAUCGAAAUCUUGUAUCAUCGCCUGUUUGGAAGGGCAUCAAUUUCCCGAUGGAUCCCAAAUAACUAACUUAAUGUGCGAAAACGGAAUGUGGAUGCCGACACGACAAGAUUGGGUUACUGUUCCUGAUUGCGAACCUAUUUGUUCUCCACCUUGCCAAAACGGCGGUAAUUGUUUGUCUUUCAAUGUCUGCCAAUGUCCACAGGAGUAUAGGGGGCCACAAUGCCAAUACAGAGCGGAUGCUUGUACAUCAACAAAACUCCAGUUUAACGGAGGGUACAAUUGUUCUAUCACGGGAGAAUUUUUCAGUUGUGUUUUGUCGUGUCCUGAAGGCGUAGAUUUUGAAUUUCCUCCAGCUUCAAUUUAUACGUGUAGUUACGACACAGGGACAUUUGUCCCGUUUCCAAUUCCGCAGUGUGUUUAUGGGCAUUUAAUACCUAUUCAUGGCAAUAAUAUGUACUAUAAUGAGUUCAAUUCUUCAUUUUCAUUUGGUGGAGCAUUUAUGGAAGGUCAACAGAUUGAAGGAACAGGCAAAAUUAGUUUCGAUUCUCAAAAUACUUUCAUUCCAGAAAUUCACUUUCCAGUGCCAAAUCCUCCACCAGAAAAGUUAGUCAACAAUAUUCAGUUUAUUCAAAAUCCAAAUUCUGUUAGUGGUGAAUAUUCAGUUGUUGAAACUAAGAAACCGGAGCCAGGCAUUUGCUUCACAUGGGGUGGAACGCAUUUUAAAACAUUCGAUGGAAAAGUUUUCAGUUUUGAAUCCUCUUGUGCACAUGUUCUGGUUCGCGAUUUAGAAGACCACACAUUCAGUGUAAUUGUAAAAAAUAACAAAGAAUGUGAAAUAAAUAAAGAAUGUUAUAGAAUUGUUCACAUUUAUCUCCAAGACAAGGAAUACAUUCUUACAAAAAAAAAUGGAGUUCCGGUUUUUGCAUCUCCGAAAAAGAUUUUUCCAAUUCCUGCACGUUUGGCAGGAAUUAGGGCUGAAAUGUCAGCUCAUUAUUUCGUAGUUAUAAUUGAUCCUGUGGGUGUUACAAUUAAAUGGGAUGGACAGCAAUUGGUUCAAGUAGAAGUUAAAGAAAAUAUGUGGAAUCGUACAGAAGGUCUUUGCGGUAGGAUCGAUGGUAAUCCUCACAAUGAUAUGAUAGCCAAGAGCGGACUGGUACCUAAAAGUGUGGUAACUCUUGCCACCAGUUGGCAAGUAGAUAACGUUCAAGCAACGUGUAACAACAUCCCCAAAGAAGAGCAUGCUUGUCAGGAUAAUAACGAUAAAAACUCUGAAGGACAUAAAGCAAUGGAUUUUUGUCAAAAAUUACUCUCCGAUAACCGUUUUAAAGUAUGCCAUUCUGUUAUGGACGUGUUUAUGCUGUUGGACGCGUGCCGAUGGGAUUAUUGUAAUUGUGAGGAUUUUCCAGAAAAAUGUGCGUGUCAGACUCUCAAUGUAUACGUUCGAGAAUGUGCACAUAAAGGCGUCACCACCUUAACCAAGUGGAGAGACCAGGAGUUUUGUCCUAUGCAAUGUUCUGGAAACAGAGUUUACAUGCCUUGCGCACCUCCAGAAGGUCAAGAAGUGUGCGGGGACGUACACGAAAAAUCUAAUGAAGAUGGAACAUGCGAAGAAGGCUGCUACUGUCCCCAAGGAACAGUUUUGCACAAUUCAGAAUGCAUUAUAAAAGAAAAUUGUCCCUGCCGCUUGCGAGGAAAAGAUUUUCCACCAGGCUCUUCUGUUCCUAAAGAUUGUAACACUUGCACCUGUUUAAGUGGAAAAUGGGUUUGCACUCAAGUAGCCUGUGGAGGAAGAUGUUCAGCUCUAGGAGAUCCACAUUACAUAACGUUCGAUGGAAAACGCUACGACUUUAUGGGACAAUGCUCAUACUAUCUGGUGAAACACACUAACUUUUCUAUAGAAGCUGAAAAUGUACCAUGCAGCGGGGCUAUUUCGCAAGCUAUGAAUCUUCCUUCAGCUGUAACUUCCGGUUUACCGUCAUGUACAAAAACCGUUACCAUCAGGAUCUCAGAUCAAACCAUUAAACUUAAACAAAAUCACCAAGUAACUGUUAACGGCCAAGAAAUAACUCGAAUCCCUUACAAAAUAGCUGAUGUUAAUAUAAGAAGUGUAUCUUCGAUUUUCUUACUCGUUGAGCUUCCUGAGAAAGUGGAAGUGUGGUGGGAUGGACUGUCUAGGGUAUACGUGGAUCUUCCAGCAAUUUUUAAACGCCAAACAGGGGGUCUUUGUGGAACCUUCACUGAUAAUCAAAAAGACGACUUUCUCACUCCCGAGGGGGACAUUGAGAAAACGCCAGGAGCCUUUGCGAAUAAAUGGAAAACAGCUGAAAAAUGUACUGACGUCACAGAAAAACUGGUAUCUCAUCCUUGCGAGGCAAAUAUUCAAAAUAAGGCGACUGCUGAACAACAUUGCAGCAUAAUUAAGUCUAAAGAGUUUGAAGAUUGUCAUUGGUAUGUUGAUCCUGAACCUUUUUACCAAGAUUGUAUGUAUGAUGUUUGUGCCUGCGAAACUAAAGAGUUAUCCAGUUGUUUAUGUCCCAUGAUAUCAGCUUAUGCCCAAGAGUGUGCAUUGAAAGGAAUAAAAGUAGAUUGGAGAAAUAAUGUUCGAGAGUGCGGAAUUCGUUGUACUGGUGGACAAAAAUACCAAAUAUGCGGAAACUCAUGUACUAGAACGUGUUCGGAUGUUUCCCUUCAUCCCGACUGUGAUCGUUUGUGCAUUGAAGGGUGCAACUGUCCCGAAGGGGAAGCCUUAGAUGAAUACGGAGAAUGUAUUCCAAUUGGGCAGUGCAGCUGUCAACAUGAAGGACUAGAAUUCCGAGCAGGAUACAAGGAAGUUAGACCUGCUAGCAAAGGUCUAGAGUUAUGUACUUGUUUAAAUGCUCAAUGGAGUUGUCAACCAGCAACAGAAGAAGAAGUGAAGAAAUAUCCUAACGCAGGUGAUUUGAAAACGAUGUGCGAUUCUUCUAAAAAUUGGGAAUUUACCACUUGUGAAUCAGAAAGGCCCACAACGUGCAAAAACAUGCAUUCCAUUGAAUAUGCCACUAGUUCCGAAUGCCAUCCUGGAUGUCAGUGUAAAGAAGGAUAUGUGCUGGAUAGUCACAGUAACGAAUGCGUACAGCCUACUGAGUGUCCUUGUCAUCACGGUGGACGAAGUUAUGGAGAGAAUGCAAUCGUUCAGAGUGACUGCAACACUUGCACUUGCAAGGGUGGAAAAUGGUCAUGUACUGAACGUCAAUGUGCAGCAGAGUGUAGCACAUGGGGCGAUUCUCAUUACAAAACGUUUGAUGGAAAAAUGUACGAUUACCAGGGACAAUGUGACUACGUUUUGGCAAAAGGAGUUUUAACCACUGAUGAAUCAUUUGAUAUUUCCAUACAAAAUGUACCUUGCGGUGCCCUGGGAGUUUCUUGUUCCAAAUCAGUUACCAUAAAAGUGGGUCACGGAUCUCAAAUGGAAAAGAUUACUUUGACAAGAGAAUCGAGUAUUCCUGUUGGAACUGGCCUGAAGAGAAUGUCUAUUCGCCAAAAGGGAUUGUUUGUUAUUGUAGAAGCUGCGGAACUGGGUUUGGUCAUACUUUGGGACAAGGGAACGAGAGUGUACAUUAAACUGGACCCACAGUGGAAAGAUAAAGUGAAAGGAUUAUGUGGUAAUUACAAUGACAACGAGAAUGACGAUUUUCAAACACCAUCGGGAGGUAUUACCGAAGUGUCGGCUCAGCUUUUCGGGGAUUCCUGGAAAUUGCAAUCUUAUUGUCCUGAAACUGUAGAAAUAACCGAUACGUGUGAACAAAGGCCGGACAGGAAAAUUUGGGCAGUUAAAAAGUGUAGUAUUUUAAAGUCUUCUUUGUUUGCCCCCUGUCAUUCUGAGGUUUCUGUAGACGACUAUCUUAAUCGUUGCAUUUUUGAUACUUGUGCAUGCGAUCAAGGCGGAGAUUGUGAAUGUUUAUGCACAGCACUGGCCGCUUACGCUCAAGAGUGUAAUAAUAAAGGAGUUCCAGUGAAAUGGAGGAGUCAGGAAUUAUGCCCUAUCCAGUGCGAUCAACGUUGCUCGAAAUAUAGUCCAUGUAUAUCUACUUGUCCGCUCGAAACAUGCGAUAAUCUGCCUGUCCAAAGCAAAUUGAGCAAAUUGUGCACCGAAAGUUCUUGCAUUGAGGGUUGUCAGAUGAAGCCAUGCCCACCUGGACAUAUUUUUUUGAACUCAUCGGCACUUGAUUGUGUUCCAAUAAACGUCUGCAAACCCGUUUGUUUGAAAAUAGGCGAAGCUAUUUACUACGAAGGGGAUAUUAUUGAAGAGGACGAAUGUCAUGUAUGUUUCUGCUCAAGAGGUCAAAAGUUUUGUAAAGGGCAUCCAUGUGCUGCUACUACUACUACUGAACCCCAGAAAGAACAACGUCUUAAAUGCGUAAACGGUUGGACAAAAUGGUUAAAUCAGGAUAGAAUACCAGCAAGAAAAACAAAAAUUGGCCAAAAGAAACUUACCGAUAUCGAACCUUUGCCAUCACAACUUUUGAUGAAUCAAAUGAAAGGAAAAGCAAGGUGUUCUGUGAAUGAAAUGACGGACAUAGAAUGCCGCACUGUCAAGGGCCACAAACAUCCGAAAGAAACGGAUUUAGAUGUAGAAUGCAGUUUAGAAGGAGGUCUGGUAUGCAAAUCGAAGGAAGGGGAAAAACCAUGUGAAGACUUUGAAAUUCGAGUUAAAUGCCAAUGUGAAGAAACAACUUCUUCCACCGCAACUACUCCACCAGUAACUACCGUAGCUACAGUAAUUACAGCAUCCCCUUGUGAUUUAACUACCCCUAACCAAGAGCAUCCCACCGACUGUCACUUGUUUUAUGAGUGUGUUACAAACAUGCUUGGUCAAGCAGAACUGGUAGAAAAAAGCUGCGGUUCUGGUACUUUAUACAAUCCAAAAACCUAUGUAUGCGAUUGGGCUGCAAAUGUUAUUAGCAUCAAACCCCAAUGCGGCGAAGGAUCACUAUGUCCAUCUGGCGAGAAGUUCGACUCUUGUGCUGUAGACUGCAAUAAUAUGUGCAUGUAUUACAAGUAUUUAAUGAAACAGAACGGUUUUUGCAACAAUUAUGAAGAUUGUGUAAAAGGUUGCGUUUCGGAACUUAAACCAUCUUCUUGUCCAAAUGGUAUGUUAUGGUCAAGCAAUCAGACGUGUGUUCAAAAGCAAAACUGUAUGUGUGUUACUGACCAAGGAAAACCAGUGAAGCCAGGAACAGUUGUUAAAGAGUCAGAUUGCGCAGUUUGUCAGUGUAUUGACAACUUUUAUACUUGUGACGAGUCAGCAUGUGUUACUAAAGAAAUGACCAGUACAUUCGAAACUAGUACAACACCUUCUACUAGCACUACAGUAUUUGGCACAACACCUGAAUUAAAAACUAGUAGUACUAUAUCAUCCACCGGUACUGAAGUGUUCACUAUUAAAAAUACAGAAACUCCACCACCCGAAUGUGAUGGAAGCAGGUUCAUUAAUUUAAUUGAUGGUGACACUCCUCUGCCUGAUGAGGCUUUUAGUGCUAGUAGUGAACUAGGCCAAUAUUUUUCUCCAAAAUAUGCUAGAUUAAACAAUGAAGUAACUGACGGUUCAGGAGGUAGUUGGAUUCCUAAAUCAUCGGAUCAAAGUCAAUAUCUACAAAUUGACCUAGGAAAACAAGAACCGGUGUAUGGCAUAAUACUUAGAGGAAGCCCAUUAUACAAUAACUUUGUAACAAGUUAUAAAGUAACUUACAGUCCUGAUGGUUUCACCUUCCGAUAUAUUACAGAUGAAAAUAAUCAACCAAAAAUAUUCAGAGGUCCUACGGAUAAUAAAGAAGCAGUUAAACAAAUGUUUCCUGUUCCCGUUGAGGCAAAACUAAUAAAAAUCCUUCCUGUCACAUGGCAUGACACAAUUGCAUUAAGAGUUGAAUUACUUGGAUGUGGGGAAGAAUCAGUUAUCACUACUGAAACUCCAACAACAGUGACACAAACCGAAACCGUUUUCUCUAAAUUGUCAACAAAACCUCCCCCACCAUUGUGUACUGAAGUAAUGGGAGUCGAUAAUGGUUUGAUUGCAGAUGAACAAAUUUCCGUUAGUUCAGAAUUGAACAAGGAUCAUGAUAAAACUCAAUUAAAAAUGAAUGGGGUAUCUUAUUGGCAACCACUUACGAAUUCUCCAUUGGAAUGGGUUCAAUUUGACUUCUUGGAGCCCCGUAACAUAACUGGCUUUGUGAGCAAAGGAGGUCCCAAUGGUUGGGUGACAAAGUUUAAAAUUAAAUUUUCGCACGACGGGAAGGUGUGGUAUGCUAUUCUAGAUGGUUCUCGAAAUGAAAAAGAAUUUCUCGGAAAUUAUGACGAAAAUUCAGAACAAACUAACUAUUUUGAUCUACCCUUGCAAGCGCGUUUCUUCAAAUUACUGCCUGAGAAGUGGCAUCGUAACAUUCAAUUGAGAGCUGAAGUAUUGGGAUGUUAUAAACCAUAUCCAACAACAACCAAAACUCCACCUGUUGUUAAGAAUUGUGAUUCUUGUCCCGGUGUCACAAAUGUCGAAAGCGAGCUUGAUAUAUGCAAAUGUGAACAGGGUUUAUGGUGGGAUGGUGAAAAUUGUGUUCAAAGGUCGCAGUGUCCUUGUAUGGUAGGACACUUUUCUUAUGCAGUUGGAACAGUAUUUGAAAAGGAAGAUUGUUCACAAUGUAUUUGCAAACUUGGCGGUAUCGAACACUGUACGCCCAAGGAAUGCGAAAAAUGCGAAGAGGGUUUACGAAAAGUAGUGACAAGCACUUGUGGGUGCAUUUGUCAACCAUGCAACGAAGGAACAAUAUUGUGCCCUACAAACAACAUUUGCAUUAACAGUACCCUUUGGUGUAAUGGUAUUGAAGAUUGUUCAGAUGACGAACUGAGUUGCACUACCGACGCCACUAUUACAGCGACAGUUCCAACAACCGAAAUAACAACAGUUACCAAAGCUUCACAUCUUACGUGUUCAACCCCAUCUUGUCCCCCUGGCUAUAAGUUGAAAAUCAAGAGACCGUCCAAGGCAGAAAAAUUACAUUCAAAUUUGUCGCCCAUGUUCUCAUUUUUUGGAAGAAAGGCGUCUAAUAAGAGGAAUUAUAGAUCAGUCAAGGGCUUCACAAAGAAAGGAACGAAAUCGAAAACUACCAAAAAUCUUAAAAAGCCAGUUGCCUUUAAGCACCAACUGAAAGAAGCAGUUGAAGAGGAUCUUCAAGAACAAAAGGAAUGUCCUCGAUUUAGUUGUGAACCUCCUCCUCCACAAUGGGUGAAUGGAUCAGAGUAUCAUUGCCCUCCAGCAAUUUGUCCUGCAGGGUAUACACCAGAAUAUCAUCAAGAAGAAAUUAAAACCGGCGGUUUAAAUUGUCCCAGGUAUACAUGCCAACAGCCACCCCUUCCAGAUGCAGUGUGCAAUAUUACAGGGCGAACAUUUAUAACUUUCGAUAACACGGAGUUUAAAUACGAUAUUUGUGAGCACGUUUUAGUGAGAGAUGUGGAGGAAGAUCUGUGGGAAAUAGUUUUAAGAAAAACUUGCACCGUAAUAUGCUCUCGUGAAUUGGUUAUCUACUAUGAUGAACAUUUAUUUGUACUUCAUCCUGAUUUGUCCGUUGAAUUCGAUAAUUAUAAAUACACCGUCGAUCAGACAAAGAAAAUUGGUUCUCAAUCCCAAUCGUUUAUGGUAUCGCGAUUAGGUGACGUAUUACUCUUUAUAUCACACCAUUAUCGAUUUUGGAUAAUUUGGGAUAAAAAUGCAAAUGUGAAAAUUGGCGUGGCUGGAGAAUUAUCAAGGAAAGUCGACGGUUUAUGUGGAUAUUUCAAUUAUCGACGAUGGGACGAUAAACGAAAACCUGAUGGGAUGCUAGCCAAGACAACGGUUGAAUUUGGGGAUAGUUGGGGAUCAAUCAAUCGUCCACAGAUUUGUGAAGUAAAAGCGUGUCCUAUCCACGUACAAAACAAGGCUUGGGAAAUGUGUCAAAAAGUCAAGCAAGGAAUUUUAGCCCUUUGUAACUCAGCCAUAGAUGUGGAAGCAUUUAUUUCUCGUUGUUUAGAAACGACAUGCAACUGCUUGCAAGAAGCUGAAGAAGAUACAAACAGAGAAGAUCAAUGCAGAUGUGGAGUGCUUCAGUCUUUCGUGGUCGAUUGUAUGACUUCUGACCCGAGUUUGGAAUUAUCAGAUUGGAGAAUGCAACAAGAUUGUCCGGCAAUUUGUGAUGCGCCCUUGGUACAUUACGACUGCUAUAGAAGACGUUGUGAACCUAGUUGUGAAUCUUUAUCGGAUCCUAAUGCGUGUCCCCAAUUAUCCCACGUAUGCUUCCCUGGAUGCUAUUGCCCGCCCGGUUAUGUACAUAAAGGAGGCGACUGCGUUCUUCCCACAGCUUGCAGGGAUUGUGAGUGUACAGUUUUACCUCAUCUACAGUAUAUCAGUUAUGAUGGUAACAAUGUUAGCGUUAGUGGAAAUUGCGAUUACGUAAUGACGAGGGAUGUGACUCAAAAGGAAAAUGGGCAACAUCGGUUUCAGGUUAUAAUUACUAAUGGUCCUUGUGAAGACAACAAGAAAAAAAUGUGUGUUAUGAAAGUUACUAUUUUACACCACCAUCAUGAAAUAGUAAUAACAAAAGAUAACGAAAAUAAAAAUUUCAAAGUCAACCUAAAUUCGGAACAAAUAACUCAUUAUGGAAAUAUAAACGAUUGGUUGGAUGUAUUAGAAGGCGUGACGAAGCAUCUUUUGAUUCUUCUAAAAGACGAACAAGUUGAGAUUUUUAUUUAUUUCCCAUUACUUGGAGUGUCAGUAAAGGCACCGUCCAUGAAACAUGGAGGUAAAUUAGAGGGACUAUGUGGAGAUUGUGAUGGAGAUAUUGAUAACGAUAUGCGAAUAUCUAAUGGAACAAUAACUAAAAAUUCAGAAGACUUUGCCCUUGCUUGGUUAUCUAGCGGCCAAUCUACAGAAAAUUGUCUCAACAAACCCGAAAAAGAAUGCAAACCUCUACCGAUCGAGUCUGAUCCAUGCUUACUUUUGGUGGACAUUGAGAUUUUUGGAAAGGUAUAGUACCUUAUUUCAUACAUAUUUAAAUAU